AGCAAAAAAGCAAAAGCAAACUCAGAAAAAAAAGCUGAAAAUCCCCCUCAAAUCGAAACUAAACGCUAAAAGCCGAACACAUCACAUUUUCCAAUCCCACAACCCUCUCUUCACUUCCACUCUCUCUCCUCUUCCUCUCCCCACCUCACCUUUUUGUUUAUUUUUCUUCCUUUUUCACCUUUUCACCUUUCCAUCUCAUCUUCUUCAAUGGCGGCAACUGAACAACAACAACAACAACAACAACAAGAAAAAAAUGAUGAGAGAGAAGAAACCCAAAAACUAUACUCAAGUUACUUAGGUGUAAGUUUUGCAGUAUUUCUCUCUCUCCUACCAAAAACCACCCUAUCAUUACUCCCAACUCUGCAGUCUCGAAACCAAUACCUCCUCCACCGCCUACGCAAGGCGGAAGACGAGCUCUCCCAGCUGCGGUCAAGGCGACAGGAGGAUUCGAAGGCAAACGCUCGUGUGGUAGAGAUCUUCGCCACACACCGUAACGCAUGGCAACAAGAAGAGCGUCGCCUCCUCCGCCGCCUCGAUGAGUCAGCUGAGGAGAUCUCCCGCCUUAGGUCUCGCCUCGCUGACCUCGAGUCUCACGAGGGUCAACUUCUAGCUGAGGCCGAUGACCUACGGCGGGAAGUUGGGGAACGAGAUGAGCUUCUCAACUUCAUGUCUAGACAUAAGAGGCAUGAUAAUGAUGGUGAUGAUGAUAAUAAUGAUAGUGUGGGUGGAGAGAGUGUGAGUGGGGAGGAGAGAGAGUGGAGUAGAGAAGAGGAUAGUGGUGUUAAUUUGAUGUUUGGGAAUCUGGGUAAUGAUUAUAGUAAUGAUGGAUUUGAUACUAAUUACAUGUCUUCUAGCUCUAAAUUCUGGGGUGAAAGCCGUCCUCCUAAUUUAUGGCAGGACGUGCAAUAUGAAUCAAUUGAACCCACACAUCAUGUGAAGCAAUUUGCAGUAAGGAGGGAGUCCCCGUGGAAGGUUGAUGGUGAAUCAAGUGGAGUUGCAUCAAAGUUAAAAGUGCUCGAGGAAGAGCUAUUAACUCUGGAUAAAGUAGGGAAGAACAAUCUACCAAAGGUAGCUUCAUCAAUGAGGAAGCAGGCUAAGCGGUAUCAAGACCUUUCCGGGAAGAUUGAUGACCUUUGCAGGAGGAUGCAAGCUAGCGAUCCUGGUGAACCUACACUAAGUUCUGAGUUUCGGUCACAAAGGCAAACAGAGUUUCUGCUUGAAGCAUUUCAACUUCAACAACGUGCUUCCGAAACUGGAAAGAAACUGACGACCUUACAAACUGAGAUAUAUACUAGUUGUAUUGGAGAUGAACUGGGAGUUGAGGCAAAAUUUGCUAUGAGAAAGUCCCUUGAUAGCAUUCGGACUAACUUCAAAGAAGUCCAAAGAAACUUGGAAGUAUGGUUAGCCAGAAUUAUGGGAGAUCUUGAAGGCAUUCUAGCUAGAGACGGUGCUUCUCGUGUAAGAGAUUAUUAUUACCCUAGAUAUCCGUUUGUUAAUAGUUAUAGCUAACUUCUAACUGCGACAUUGUAUCGUUCUGUUGAUAUUUUGCUGAUCUUUAAGUCAAAAAGUCGGUCUUGAGAUGUCCAUGUAAAAUUGCAAUUAUUUCAUGUUUAUAGUGGAUCAGGUAGGUAGGUAAAUAGUUCUAGAGCAAAUGUUGUUCACCCUGACCCCUAGGAACAUUUUGAGAAGCUUGUAUGUCAUCUCAGCUUUCUUUGUACUAAAGUUGUACACACUGAUUUUUUGAUGGCAAAUUGCAAAUGGAUAGCAACGGUUUACAUGUUCCAA